AUGCGGGUUAACACCAUUCUUCUCGGCGCCUUCGCGCUCGAGGCCCAAGCCAUCUGGCUUAACGGCCGCAAGCCUACUCUUGAGACUCCAUGGAGUGACAUAAUUGACAUGCCGCUUGUCGCUGUCGCUGCUGCCGUGAAUCCCACUACUGGUGAACUUGUCACCUGGGCUUCUGAAAAGAACAGCUCUUUUGCUGUUCAUGGAGACCGAGUUACCCAGACCGCAGUCUUCAGUCCUACUGGCUGCGCUGUGAGGCACUACUCGGUUUCCAACACCAACCAUGACAUGUUCUGUCCCGGUAUUAGUCUUGACUUCAAAGGCCGCAUUGUCGUAACUGGUGGCGACACUGAGGAAAAGACCAGUAUCUAUGACGGCAACGGGUGGACACCCGCUGCCGACAUGAACAUCGGUCGUGGCUAUCACUCUUCGGCUACUACUUCGGACGGCCGAAUCUUCACCAUCGGUGGCUCGUUCAGUGGUGGCAUCGGAGGUAAACAUGGUGAGAUUUACGACGGCGACAAGAAUGAAUGGACACUUUUGUCCAAUGUGUCCGCCCAGCAAAUUCUUACAAACGAUGAGGGUGGCCUCUAUCGAUCCGACAACCACGCCUGGCUCUUCGCAUGGAGCAAUGGCUCCGUACUCCAGGCUGGACCCAGCACCAAAAUGCACUGGUUCGACACCCGUGGUAACGGGUCUGUUACAUUUGCUGGUACUCGCAACAACGAUGGCGAUGCUAUGGCCGGCACUGUAGCCAUGUACGACGCCAACCAUGGCAAGAUCCUAAGUCUAGGCGGUGCCCCUUCUUACAAUGAUAGCGAUGCAACAGCAAAUGCCCACAUUAUCACUAUCAACGAAGCUGGCGGCCCAGUAACGGUUGAGACCCUUGAGCCAAUGCACUCUGCUCGUGCCUUUGCCAACUCGGUCAUUCUUCCUGAUGGUACAGUCUUUGUGGUUGGUGGCCAGACGCACCCUAUGGUCUUCACUGAUUCCAACUCGAGCAUGAUUCCUGAGCUCUGGGAUCCCAAGACCAAGAAAUUCACCGAGCUCCCUGCCAUGCCCAUCCCUCGCAACUAUCAUUCCACUGCGAUUCUACUUGGUGAGGGCACCAUUUUCACUGGUGGCGGUGGUCUUUGCCCAUCCGAAUGUGAUGUCAACCACCUGAACGCGAACACCUUUUACCCUCCGUACCUUAUCGCGGCCGACGGUGUUAGUCUUGCUACUCGCCCUAACAUCACCCAUGUGGAAAACCCUAAGCUCUCCGUCGGCGGCACAAUUGUAGCAUCCCUUUCGCAGCCGGCUGCUCCCCACGAAGAGUUGCAGUUCUCCAUGAUCCGUAUGGGCAGCGUGACACAUACCGUCAACACUGAUCAGCGCCGCGUUGUUCUGUCGCCACAGGCCGCCAACGCAACCACUUUCACCUUGAAUCUACCUCGGGACCCUGGUGUCUUACUACCAGGGUAUUGGUACUUAUUUGCUUUGAUCAACGGUGUACCUAGCAAGGCGGCCACCAUUCUUAUUGAGCCUUAA